AUGGUUGUGGUCAUCCUCAUUGCUCACAUAAUGGCUCCAGAAGUACAACCAGGAUACGAGAAUCCAAAUUUUGGUGAUGGAACACUCGUUGGAUACGAGCUCGAAAUAUUUUUGCACUGUGCAGCAGUGAAAAAGUCAAUUAUGAUGUUCUUCUUGCUAUUAUUCUUAUUUCCGUAAUUGCAAUCACGUUCAUCAGACUUCUCUGCGUGAUCAACAUCAAAAAGCAAGAUGAAGCCAAUGCCAGUUCUAACACCGGACUCAAUGUGAACUUCGAUGAUGAAUAAGUUGUAAAAUGGCAUCAAACCCCAACGAAUUGCCAAAUCUUGACGACGGUAACAUCCUCAACAUUUUCAUUGUCGUAAUCUCCGCUUUUUUAAUCAUUUGCAUCGUUGCUCCAAUCCUCUUUGCAAUUCGUGAGAGAAAACGAAGUUCAUGUGGACAAUGCCGUUCAAUUCAAUGGCCAAGUUGGCGGUGA